AUGCAGCCUGCAGCAGCGCGUGCGGCAUCAACUAGCGGGCUCAAGACCGCUGCGACAAGCGACCGCGUCGCCAAGCGCAACACGGUACAAGUAGCUGUGCGGGUACGGCCGCUGAGCGAGACCGAAGCAGCGCAAGGCGCGGACGCGUGCGUCGAGGCGACGGAUGCUAGCAUCCGAUUGGCUGAAAAACGAUUUGAUUUUGACGCUGUUUUUGACACAACGGCGCAGCAGGAGAAUGUCUACAGCCAAUUGGUCGCACCGCUACUCGACGAGUUCUUCAAUGGGUACAACGCAACAGUAUUGGCCUAUGGACAGACAGGAUCUGGUAAAACGUACACAAUGGGCAACGAAGAUGCACCAGACAGACCUUUUUCUGAUCGUGGCAUCGUACCGCGCGUGAUUGAGCACGUGUUUGCACGUGUGAAGGAGUCGAAACAGCCGCAGCAGCAGGUGGUGCUCAAGCUGUCGUACUUGGAGAUUUUGAACGAAGAAAUUAUUGAUCUAGCUGCCAAACCGCCUUCUGGAGCAGAACUGCUGGCCAACACCUCGGGGCUAUCCGUACGUGGUGAUGGAGAUCGCGGGAUCGUUGUCACAGGGCUAAGUGAACACGUUGUGCACUCGGCUGACCAAGCUGGAGCGGUGUUGCGCGCUGGCGCGCAAGUGCGUGCCACGGGUUCGACAAAGAUGAAUGCUCGAUCGAGUCGCUCACAUGCCAUCUGCACACUGAAAAUGGAGCAACGUGAUGUACGCAGUGUGGAAGGGGUCACUGAGACGCGGUUCUCGAAGCUGCAUUUGGUGGAUUUGGCUGGUUCUGAGCGCGUCCGGCGCACGAACUCGGCCGGCGUACGGUUUAAGGAAGGUGUCAACAUCAAUCGCGGGCUGCUUGCGCUUGGAAAGGUGAUCACCGCGCUGUGCAAACGUGGUUCCGCAAAUCCACUGACAGCCCAUAUUCCCUAUCGAGACUCGAAGCUGACGCGGCUGCUUCAAGAUAGCCUUGGUGGGAAUAGCAAGACGCUGAUGAUCGCGUGUAUCAGUCCUGCCGACGUGGACUACGAGGAGACCUCUACUACACUACGUUACGCAUUCAGAGCACGGAAUAUCGAGAACCGGGCCGUGGUCAACAAGGAGACGGCUGCUGAGCGCUCGGUGGUGAGAUUGAAGCAGCAGCUAGCAGGUGUGAAGUCGCAGCUCUUGCAGCAAACUCGAGGCCUUUCGAACCGACCAGUCAAAUCGGACUCUCACGACUCGAGUAUUCCGCUCGGCGAGCAAAAUCGCAAGCUGCGAGAAGAACUUGAACAAGCCAACCGUGCGAAGGAUGAGUGGAAACGGAUUGCCGGCGAGCUCGAAGCAAAGCUUGAAGAAUUGAUGAAGGAGGUGCAGGUUUUGCACGAGCAAGUAGCAAAGAAAAGAGCACCUAGGAGACGCAAAGCGCGCGAGUCGUACGAGACGAUGGAGACGUUAUUCAGCAGUAGCAGCGAUGAAGAGGACAACAGCGAGGUUGACUCCGAUUACGUUGACGGGGCAGAUGUGCAGUUCAGUCGACACAAGAAGAGGAUAAAAAGGAAACAACGUGCCGACGCUGAAGGGCUCGAAGGAGUCGGAGCUGAUGGACAACACUGA